UCAUUUUAGAGGCACCAGCAAACAUGGCAGCGUGCAGGGUGCUCACGAGUUUAUGCAGGCGUGUAUACCUUCAAAAACCAUGUUGCAGGUUUCUCGCUGUGCAAUCACCUCAGCCAUCCGACGCCCAAGCGGAGAAUGUCGUCAUCGACAAGAAGAAUCGUUCAAAGUUACCUGAUAAACUUGUCGACUACAGGUUUAUCUACCCGGAGUUCCUUCCAGAUACAGACUUCAGCUUGCGAAAUGCAAUUAGAGAAAAGCUGGAGAGAAAGGACAUGCUCAACCGGCGAUCAGUCAUCGAGAUUCCGGAAUUCUACGUGGGCUCUAUCAUGGCUGUCACAGUCUCGGACAACAAUGCUCCUGGCAAGCAAAACCGCUUUGUCGGAAUCUGCAUCAUGCGCCACGGUGUUGGCAUGAGGCACCAAUUUACGCUGCGAAAUGUCAUCGAACACCAAGGUGUCGAAAUCAUGUACGACCUGUACAGCCCUCUCCUGCUGAAGAUAGAAGUGUUGCGACUGGAGAAGCGUUUGGAUGAACACCUUCGCUACCUGCGAGACGCCCCGCUUGAGUACAGCACAUUUCCCUUUGACAUGGAGGCCCAGACUCAUAAUGAGGGAGCACCGGUGCCGAUAAACACGCUCAAGGUAAAGCUGAAGCCGAGACCCUGGCUGGAGCGCUGGGAAAGACAGAACCUCAAAGGCAUACAGGACCUCGGCCUGCCGCAGAAGUUCUACGACAAAGCAGCCGCUGUAGCGACGCCGUGGGAGAAAUACGACCUAAUGAAGCAGUACCGCCAGGUCAUCACCGAGGAAGACCAGCUGCCCAUAUGGGAGCAAGUGGAACAGCACCGCGCGUCCGUUGAGGACUCACAGAGACGCGAGAGGCGGCGCAAGCUGCUUCAAAAGACCAAGACGUGAUCAAUGCGAAGACGAAAACAAACCGGCCAGCUGUCAUUGCAACAGUCGCAUCUAUCUUCUGUCUUUGUGUAGGUUAGAGCACAUGACAUCCGCUGUGAGCUUUUCCAGGCGCUGGCUUUUAAAGUUGUUACUGCAUUUCAUUAUGUGUAAUAGAGAGGAUCAAGAUGUACAGUCAACGGUAAUUUUUGAUAAGGUCGCAUCAAACGAAGGUUCACUGUAUAUCCGUUAUUUCUUAUAGAUAUGUAUUUAUUACAGUGUACUUAUGCUGAGAAAAUUUUAUUCGCUUUGUUAUGUCCAAUAUUUCAUUAAAUUCAUGUUCACUCUAAUUGAAUAUACUUGAGUUCCAUCACAAAACAUUGCUGCCUGCUCGGUGUCUCAUUAUGAUUCAUUUUCGCUCAAAAAUUGCUGGCAUUGAACCUGUGCAGCUAUCGUCUGUACUGAUCAACCUUCGUCUUUGUGUUAUGCUUUUCUCGGUAUUCCGCUAUGUAGAGCUUCUUGGCUGUACCAAGGACAUUUGGACAAGUGGUCUAUGCCAUACAUUGUACCGAUAAAUGCAGUUGUACUUGGAUGUAGUGUAGCACAUGAAAUAAAUGAAUAGAGAGUUUGGUACUGCCAUUCA